AUGUACGACGUCGGCAACAGUAAUCCCCUUGGAGCUGAGUGGACCGAGAAACUAGGUUUCUUUGACCAGCCGUUCAGCAAGCUUCAGGAUGAACAUGCAGCAAGCAGGUCGCGGUCCGUCAACUUCCUGAAUGCUUCAAAUGCGGAACAGUUCGUCCGCUCUCGCUUCCCUAGCAUUUGCAGCAACGAGCUUGGUUGUUGCAAGCGUUUCAAAGCUUCUUUGCGAUUACAACCGGACUUUGAACCAGUUUUUCGUCCCAAACGUCCCGUCCCCUAUGCCGCUAUCUCGACAGCAGAAGCCGACGCUUUGUCUUGCCUCAUCUCAACGCGAGCUGAGGAAUCGUCUGAUGAAGAGGCUGUCAUGGCCACAAUCGAAGCGAUUGAAGCGGAAGUCCAGCAAGUUCUCUCGGGGAUGCUACCGGAAUGCUCCCUGUCACAGCAGACAAAAUUCGCCAACAGACUAAGGCUGAUCCUCUUUUUCAGCGAGUCAUCAAAUCGCUUCAGUCGAAAUGGCCUAAGACCAUUAAUCACCCUCGUCUCAAACAAUUUUUCGACCGCAAGGAUUCGCUGUCCCUAA